UGUCGUCCUCAGCCAUGAAGUACCUGGUAGUUGUAGUCCUGUCUCUGUCUCUGACUGGAGGAGGCUGUGUCUCAGUAGAUCCAGAUCUUCAGAUUGAGAUCCACAACACCAACAUCCUGUCCGGAGGCCCCAGCGGGGAAACUUCUGACUCCAAGACUGGACCUACCAGAUACACCGUCCAGAGCUGCAGACAACUCAAAGACCAAUACAACAUCAAGGAUGAUGGGAUAUACUACCUGACCACGGCUAGCGGGGCUGAGUACCAGACCUUCUGUGACAUGACCACGGCGGGCGGCGCCUGGACACUUGUGGCAAGCGUGCACGAGAACAACAUGUAUGGGAAGUGCACGGUGGGCGACCGCUGGACCAGCCAGCAGGGGAAUGACAUCAACUACCCAGGAGGAGACGGGAACUGGGAGAAUACUGCCACCUUUGGGACAGCAGAGGGCGCCACCUCUGACGACUUCAAGAACCCAGGGUAUUAUGACAUCAUGGCGGAGGACAUGUCUGUGUGGCAUGUUCCUAACAGAGCUCAGCUGCAGACGUGGAGAAACAGCUCUGUACUCCGUUACCACACUGAAGCCAAGUUCCUAGCCCAGUACGGAGGAAACCUCCACGGACUGUUCAAGCGGUAUCCAGUGAGGUAUGGAGCAGGAAAUUGCAACGACAAUGGACCUUCUAUCCCAGUGGAGUACGAUCUGGGAACUAAGGACACCACCAAAAUGUUCUAUGCUCCCCUCGCCAGAGGUGAGUUUCAGCCUGGCUUCAUCACUUUCCGAGUGAUAAACAGAGAACGUGCAGCCUUGGCCAUCUGCUCUGGGGUGAAACCUAUUGGCUGCAACAUGGAACACUACUGUGUUGGAGGAGGAGGACACUUCCCCGAGGCUGCUCCUAGACAGUGUGGUGACUUCACCUCCUUUGACUGGGACGGCUACGGGACCAACACAGGCUCUAGCUCAUCCAAGGAGAUCACUGAAGCUGCCGUCCUGCUCUUCUACCGCUGAGAUCCUCAACGGCUUCAUUCUAGGAAGCCUUUGAUUGGCUAACUAGAUUAUUCACAUUUCUAGCGUAGGAAGCAUCAUUUCACACACCUGUUUGGGGAAGAGGGUGAUAUGAGAUGUAAUACCGGUUAUUGGCCACUAGGAGUGUUGAUCAAAGAACAGACAGAGGUUCUAAUCCUACUGAUGUUACACCAAGAACUGUAACUUUCAUAUCUUGAUAUUG